UCCUGAUAGUGCCGUUCGGGCUCUUUGCAAAAAACACUUGGUCCUGCUGUUUGCCAGCUUUCUGGCGCAUCUAGGCCACAGCAAUAGCGGUGGCGGUGGGCGGAUGGGAUCAGAGGGAUCGAGCAGUGUGCUCGACGUGGAUUCAACCGCAGCCACACAGCGAGGGAGAAACUACAGUGGUAGCAGUCUAGAUCUGAUUUCUCCUGCCGUGGACAAGGAGGAUGAUGUGCAAACAUUGUUGUGGGCUCUUCAAAGGGUGCUCGCUGCUGCAGGCAAGGAGUCGAUGAUUCUUGCUCUGCAACGCCACUGCGAGAACCUCGACCCAAUAAAUCCAGGCGGUUCGGCGGAGGCUUCUGAUGUGCCAGAGCCCCAAAAGACUACAGCGAAAAAAAGCGCGGCACCAGUAGAAAAGCAAGGCUGCACAAUAGCGCGGCCGCGGGAACGUGAGACAGAAAAUUCUGUGAAAGCGGUCCUGGCGGCAUCGACUAUGCGAACUUUUUACGUGGAUGCAUUUUUGACGCUGACCUCAACGGGCAGCGACGCUGCAGGAAGUCUGCUAAGCCAAGUAGACUGGCUCGAUAACGCCCCAGGCGUCCCAGCCGUCUCUGUUGAUGCUAUCCCACCACUUACGACGCUGUUCGCUGCGCAUCAUCCAUUUGAAAUCCGCGCUCUCUUGAAGUGCUUCAGCCCGGCUCUUAAAACGAUACGACCAGGGAACACAGACGAGGAAGCCAAAACGGGCAACACUGUUGCCUCAUCUGAAGUCCAGGGGAAGGGAAUAGCAGUCACCGUGCUUGGAGCAUUGCUGGCGUCCACGCUGACAAGGUCGCGUCGACUCGAUCUGUCGGCAAGCGACACGGCGGAUAUGGCGGAGGCGGACGCAGAAGAAAUAGCGCAACUACGAGAUCUCUACUCUUUUUGUGCCAAGUAUCUGGUACCGCUGAGUCAGUCUUGUUUUGCGCAACGAGAUGGACUCACCUCCGCGACUGCGGAUGGUGUUGAUCCGUUGAAGUUCGCGUCAGGUCAGCACUCAGCGCAUGCAAACGGAAUGAUGUUGGAACAAUCUAGUUUGGAGGAAACUUUUGCUCAAAAGAAAACUAGCAGCAGGGAACCGUCUUUCAUUUUGCAACGGCAAUGCCUACGGGCCCUCAGUGCCUUCUUUCUCGUCUUACGCGAGCACGCAGACGUGCAAGUCGACAAUCUUUUCUCCGGCUUCGCUACCGCUGACUGCUUUUCUGUUCUUCAUUUAGCAUUAUUGCCAGAGCAUGGGGCCCUAGUGUUAGAUGCCACCGACGCAUUAGCGCGGUUUCUUUCAGCUUUGGCCGCCCAAGUGCGGAGCGCGGAGUGCGUGGAAGCAACGCUCUAUCCUUCGGGAACUAGUACCCCGCGCAGUGGAAGAGCGGGACGAGGCGAGUUAUCCCCUCGUAACAGAAAUAGAGGUCAGGAGGAAGAAAAGAAGGGGAAUACAGCUACCAAUCAUAAUCCGCUUUACCAAGAUUUGAAUACUCUUUACGGCACAGCAGAAAGCGUCGAUUUUCUCGACCAAGUUAUGAGCGGAAAGAAAAAAGGUGGAAAAAGGGCGCUCAGUAAGGAGCUCGAUAUCAUUGACGCAAACCUAUUGCACGGCAGCACAGCGAAGGCUGAUAGCGCACUAGGGCUGAAUCACGAACAACGCGUAGCUGUAAAGAGCAUGUCGCAGUGGCUUCGAGGCUGCCUCGAAAAUUUGGGUCCUUUGAUAGAUCGUUCGGAUGUCAGGGCGCGGGCACGCGCGCUAGACCUGGUGGCUGGUAUUUGUGACUAUCUCAUCGCAAGGAGAAAGCAGAUUGGGCCUUCUGCGUCAGAACUACCCACGUCAAAGAUGAAUGAAGACUGUAGCCAGGAACUGGCAACGCUAGUCCGGAUCUGGAGCAUCCGGUGUUGCAUUCUCCUGGACGAUUCAGCGACGAUGUCACGAGCGGCCGCAGUGCAAUGCUUUGACCGGUGUCGCGCGUAUCUCAGCCUAGAUGCGAAUGAAAAUCGAGUAGAUUGCAUAGCUUUAUGGAAUUGUAGGGAUCUCGUAGAGCAUUCAGAGCGGUUCGUUGCCCCUCAUAUGUUGGAAAUGUACACGGCUUUGUGCAGCUUGUCGGCAAGCGCUAGCGCGAGUGCUCCUUCACGCGAAGCAGCGUCCACAGCUGUUGCAAUGGCGAGUACCCCUUCCCGAAGUAAUGGGACCUUCGGCGGGUCAUCCCGUAGUCCUGUCAGCCAAGACCUCGACGACCUUUUUGCACCAGCUCCGAAGCGCGGGAAUGAUGACGUCUUUGCUCCCGCCAAUCAGAUUGACCAACGGGGACCACAAGGCAAGCAGGACGUCGCUGCGGUCUCAGCAUCUCCUGAGAGGAAACGGGAGCCGCAGCAGAAGGAUCCAAUUAGUUUAGUCGCAGAGAUGAGUGAGCAUUUGAAAUUGUGCAGACAACAUUUGCAGAUCGUGUCGUCAGAGAAAACGAAGGGCUCUACAAAAAAUCAAGAAAUCACCGCCGACUGGAAAGCAAGCUCAGAGGCCUACCACCUACCUCCGUCUGCGGCUUACUGCGCACUUCUCACAUUAGAGGCAGCAGGGGCCUUACUCUCGUCGGGAAAAGUUCAGCAGGAGGUAGAAGAGAUUCGAAGUCUAUGCGAGCAACAAGCAGCACAAAUUUGCCAGAUGCUCUUACAACUUGCGACACGGAGCCAUGUUCCCGUUCGCACUAGAAUACUUGCAGUGCUGGGCUGGUUCCUCGAGAAAUCUUGAUGCUAAAAGAUGCGUACGCCAUAGCAAUCUUCACAAUUACUUAUUCUGUCAUAAUAAAAGAAUUGAUAUUAAGUUCAUGAUUUUUGAUUUUGAUUGUGAUUCGUGAAUCCUUACACAGAUUUUUUCCCUCCAUUAUUCUAGUUAUCAUACAAUGCAGAUCAUUAAUAACAUAUUACGACGCUAAUUGAAGGAAGAUCGAUGGCAAGCAGGUACCUUCCGAGAAGCUGAAUACUUUCAUGAAAAUUCCAAAACAGUUAAAUACUUGUUGUUCACGUCGUGUUUCUAGUCAAAGCACAAUCACAUGAGCAGGGACUGGAUGCGAAGUAGCCCAAAGAAGGCCGCUUGUGCUAGCGCAUCACGUCAACAAUGUAGGGCGUCCUUAAUGGCAGCAGCUGUCCUGCCUGAAAGACGUCACCUUCACCUUAUAAUUCCAACGCAAAUCAUGUAAGCGCAGAAGUUAAGGUGAACUCUCUCUGCGAAAAAUUUCACGUUAUAUUGCGCAACAUGCAGGAAAAGCAUGGGACUGUUGGCCCUCCAUCUAAUUCAUGAUAACGCUUUCUGCUUGCAGGU